AUGUAUGCUGUAUGCUUGUUGAGCAGGUUCAUGGAAGCUCCAACCAGGCAACAUAUGUUUGCAGCAAAGAGAGUUCUGAGGUACUUGAAGGGAACCAGUACUCAUGGGGUCUGGUACAAGAGGAAGGAUGAAAAUAACAAGCUCAUUGGGUACACUGACAGUGAUUAUGCAGGUGACUUGGAUGAUCGCAAGUCUACCAGUGGUUAUGUGUUUUUUGUAGCAGGAGGAGCUAUUUCUUGGGCCUCCAAGAAGCAGCCUGUCGUCACCCUAUCAACAACAGAGGCUGAGUUUGUGGCUGGAUCUUACUGUGCUGCACAGUGUGUAUGGUUGAGGAAGAUUCUUGAGCAGAUGGGAUGGAAAAGUUCUGUGUCUGCUGCCACAAAAAUUCUGUGUGACAGCAGCUCGGCUAUCAAAUUAUCCAAGAAUCCUGUCCUACAUGGCAGGAGUAAGCACAUUGAUGUGCGUUUCCACUUUCUGAGGGAACUGGCUAAGGAAGAAGUGAUUGAAAUGGAGCAUUGCAGAAGCCACGAGCAAGUAGCUGAUAUUAUGACUAAAGCACUCCAUCUGGACACAUUUCAGACACUAAGGCAUCAGCUGGGAAUGUGUGCAGAAGGGGAUUUCAAGCAGAGGUGA